AUGAAAAUUGACAUCACUUUAACACAUCCCGGGCAAAUAAUCGGAGAACAAAUAAGAGGAUUUGUCUCGAUCCAUGUGAACUCCCCGACCUUAAUCAAAGGGGUCACUGUAUAUGUUCGAGGAGAAAGCCACACUUAUUACACGCACCCAGUAACUACAACAAAAAUAGUCGACGGGAAGACUGUGACCGAAACAAACGACGUGACUGAGUAUGUCAAUACAAAGGUGUACGAGUCGCCAGAUUUUCCAGUCAUUGAGGAAUUACACAACCACAACACGAAUUUGACAACAGAACUUGCACCUGGUCAUUACGACUACCCAUUCAUCAUUCAACUUCCCCAAGGCAUACCUUCAUCUUUGUGUUUCCAAGACAGAAACAUCAAUUUGAAGUAUAAAAUUUACGCAAAAGUAACUUCAAGAAAAGGAGGACACACAACAUCAUCUGGAUUUGACCUUCCGAUCUGUAUCACCCCACAGAGACAUAUCCCAAGACAACGAAUAUUUGUGGACAACACAACUCCAUUUGCAAUUCAACUUGCAAUAAGCGACGAGAUCCCAGCUGUUGGCGAUACCAUUCAGAUGCAAAUGCAAUGUGUGAACACGACAAAUUCUGUUGUUAAAUUGUCUGCGUCGUUUGUAGCGAUCCACACAUACAACAACACAACAUGCGAAUCGUCUUCUGGUUACACAACGUUCCCGGACUUUUCGCCACAAUCGACAAACACAACACCGGCGUUCGCGACUAUUCCAAUCGACCUUCCCGUCUUUGUCACUAACGACCCGUUCAACGUCUCGACGUAUAUCAGAAUCGAAGGUUAUUACAACAGAAGAAACUUCCAAGUGAUGUUCCCUAUUGUUAUUGGAAGUGACAUCUCAAACCCACAACUCAUGUGUGACAGAGCUGCUCUUUUUGGAGGCAGGAGGGACUUCACUAAGAUGACUGCGUUUUAUGGCUCCCACUUCAGAAUGUCACCAAAUUACCAGGCAGUCACAAAUCCAAAACUUCCACCAGGAAUUGAAGAAAUCGAGACGCCAGCAUUUCAGAAGUAUUAUAUUUCACAUUUCACAAGACAAUCGAGUAUGUCGCCAGAUAUGUCGACAGUAGGACAAUUUCCAUACCCAUCUUAUAAUUGCGCACUCCUCCCACCUGGGUGGUCGAUGGGAAUGGACUACGGAGAACCUUAUUUCAUUGACCAUAACACAAAGACGACAUCAUGGAUCGACCCAAGACCAAUGGAGAGAAGAGUUAUACCACACGUUGUUGCUGGGAGAAGUGCAAUAUUCACUGUGGAG